UCAGACACGUUACAGCAUCUGUGGUUGAAAGUGAAUGAGAUCGAGAUCGAGAGUGAACGUCGAAUCGUUCAUUCACCUUCACUCCGCAGUUCACUCAGUCAGUGAGUUGUGCGCGCCUGUGACCCUCGUGUGUGAAUACAAAUACAAAGAUGCUGUACCCUCUGCUGUUCCUGGUGACCCUGGCGCUGUGCAGCGGCGAUGUGUCACACUUGCAUGAGCAAGAACAUGAACCGAGCACCGAACCCCCACCACACAGGCCGUAUGCCUUCGCGUACACUGCUGGCAGGUACCCGGGACACACGGACAGGCACCACGCUGAAGUUAGUGAUGGCAGUGGCGUUGUUAGAGGAACCUUCUCCUACGUAGACCCCCGCAAUAAGGUCCGCAAAGUAGACUACGUGGCCGACAAGGAGGGCUUCCACCCUAUCCUGAACGACGCUCCACCAGAUCUGCCUACGGACUCAGCCUCCGUAGCUAACGCUAAGAACCGCCACUACCAGCUGUAUGCGAAGAUAGCUGAGGAGCAUGCCACAUAUCCACAUCCUGCUGUGGCCGCCUCGGCGUCCCCCCGCCAGUCGGCCGCCGUGGCCGCCGCCACGGUGAAGCACGCCGAGCUGUUCCGAGUGAUCGCCGAGCAGCACGCGCGGAUCGCCGCCGAACGGGAAGCGCUUCAGAAAGAGGAAGAGCUACAAGAACUAGGACAUUAGAGAGGGAUAGCUAUAUUAAGCAGUUUAAGCACCUAUCAUCUCAACCGAUCGCUCAAACAUGGGCCUCUUCCAAGAAACACCAACUCAUCCAACGGAUCCUCAAUAUUGCUCCCCAACAGCUUGACUUCUCUGGCUACGGCCAUCGAUUAGCAGCUCCUCAAAAAUUUCAAGCAACUACAGAAAAAGCAAUCUUUAAAUGCCCACCCUCUUGCCAGAAUUAGUGUCGGUUGCACCAAACCGUCUGUCACCGUUAAAGCGUUCGCUAAAUUUUAUUGUAUGGUAAGUUUCAUACCUCACUGCUGUCUGACGUUGAUCAGGCCGCUAAAUAUCGUUGGUGCAACUGGCCCUUAGAGUUCUACCGAUCUUGUGAACCUUCUCGCUCGAGAAUAUUUCCCAUAGUAAAUUGAUAACGUUCUCACAACAACAAUACAACAACAACAACUAUAAACUAUAGCCAGAAUGCUUUAAGGGGUAACUUUUUGACAUAAAUACAGAUGAUAAUGGGAGUUUCUGGCUUACGCCUUGCGGAAAGAAUCAUGGAUGGAAUUACCAUCGACCACUGUCCAAAGCGACAACCAAACGGCAGCCCAUCGCUCUCUGAUGGAUUGCCCUCCAAGAUCCUCCGUUGCCAUCGGGGGCUUCUACACCAUGUUUGACGUAGUCCUCAUCGUAUUUAUUUCGACUCAUACAAUAAGGAACCAGUUAUAUUCUAGAUAUUGCUUAACAAAAGCAGGACGCAUCUAAUAGAGUAAGGUGGUAGCUGUAUAUCUACUUAUAUUACACUCUUAAGAACAUAGCUGUCUCCCGCUCUAGAAGCAGUGGUAGUACUUGUAAGAGAUUAAUGGAGGAGUGUCUUUUCAAAUGGGCUUAUUUCUCUAUGGAAACCAUACAAAACCCUUCAGAAAAUACAUUUCUCGAUGAUAUUGAUGAAUAAAAAGUAUAGGUAUGAUGGUUAGAAUAUCUUUACAAAAGUAUCUGGAGCCGUAGCCGAGAGGACAAUCAUUUAUCGACGAACGCCAAACGAAAAA